UCAAAUAAGAGCAGUUAGAGUAAGAGUCAUUUCAAGAAGAAUUAAAGUCAGGAAACUAGCGGAAGUCGCAAGUCGAGUUAGCAUCUUGUUCACAUCAUAUAAAGUCGAAUUAUAUAUCGUGUAUCAGUGCCAGAACACCAAGUAAGCUAAUUUAUUAGAUUCGUUUUCGAACAACAAGCUAACACAGUUAUCACUACAGGAGGCUCAAGUUGACCAAAACAACGGUCGUUCCAUAAAUCGUGCCAAUAGACAUCUUAUAGGGAAUCCACGUGCCAGUUGGUUGACCCCUAGAAGGUAAUUUCUGAAACAACAAAAAAUAUAAAACCACAAAAGAAUUAUAAAAAUGUAUGUCACAGGUUGUCGCGAAAAUAUCAGCUGGGCCCACAGUUACUGUAAAUUCAUAGCUCGCAAAGUUCAACACUCGCUGUUCAGGAUAACAAGGAAAAAGGAAGAUUAGAAGAAGUAUUUAGUAGAAGUUGAAACAGAAUUGAAAACAAGGAAAAUUAGUAAACGAUAUUUUAAUAUACCGAAUUCUAUUAAAACGUCGGAAUCUCGUCUGUUUCACUCUACAAAUAACAUUAAAAUAUCGUUUAGUUAUCCAACAUGUCGAGAAAAACUCAAACGGGGAAGUCUGUGAGAUAUGAUGGAACUUCGAAACACGGGAACUCACCCGCAAGUAACUGCAAAUCGUGUGGAGGACCGGAGACCGAGGAAAUGGUCCAGUGCGACAGUUGCGAUCGUUGGUUCCAUUUCCAGUGUGUGAACGUGACGGAGAGUAUUGCGGAACGACCGUGGAAUUGUGCAGAUUGUACCAGCCGUUUCGAAGAACGUAAUCCAGUGAGUACUUUUAAUUUCCCCCCUAAUGUGCCACCGGCUCGCCGUAGUUUAAGCCACACGCAUCCUGCGGAGGAGAAUGUCGCAAAUGUUCCCCAAACAACUGAAUUAAUGAGUCAGUUAUCGAUUCCGAGCACCAACAUAGCACCUAGCUCGAUUUUCCCCCCACUUUAUAACGCCCCGACUAUUGCAUUUGCCCCAUCUCGUAACAUUAACCCAAGAUUGAUAUCCAAUCAAAAUACUCAGUCAAUGCCCAUCAGUACUACGUCUUGUUCAAAUGCGGUCGUGUAUCCUAGUACUAUGUUGAGUGCGCCUGUGCCUAGUGCCGUUGUUUCGAUCUCGAAGACACCAAUCUCGUCUAGAAGGAAUGCCCUACCAGUGACCGUGGGAAACAAGUUGCCUAUUCAACGUGCGAAUGAUGAACGUUCCCUUCGGAAUGAAGGUCCAGCGAAUCAACUGCAGCAGAAAGCGACGACAAGCUCCCGGAAGUCUACAGCUAAUCGGGCCAUUCUACUGGAACUGGAGAAGUUAAAGGAAGAGCAGAAACAUCUUCAAGAGGUGCACAAACAGCAGAUGGAUAACAUCAACAAGCGCUAUGAAUUACUUGCAGAGUUGGCCAGUGAAUCAUCUUUAGGAUCCGUUGCUGAGGAAAUAGGUUUGGAUUCAAAGGUCGAGGAUUGGCUGGACCAGUCUGAUGGGCAAAGAGUACGUCCGUUCGAAGAGGAAUUGCAUUACCCACUCACUCACAGAAGCACCCACAAUGUAGCUGGUCCACACAGUUAUAGCGCACCGAAGCAAGCAGUUAAUCAACGACAUUCCUCCGGGAAAAUUCGUUUCGAGCCACAGAUACAACCAACAACGUCCGAAUUCCAAGGACGUCAUAGACCAUCAUUCGAGCACCCGCCUGGUGAAUCCGCGCAAGACCAUCAUCAACUUGGUAACACCCAACUCCAGACAGUAAAGGAUCCAUUUUUCCCCCAGCACCGAUCAACACCACAGCACUCUCACUUUCCGAGUGUAAUGAGGAAUGCAGAAAUUGGUGACCUUACAAACAGUCGCGCAGCAGCAAGGCAAGCCUUUGACAGGGAACUUCCAACUUUCAGCGGGCUUCCUGAAGAAUGGCCCCUUUUUCUAUCCACUUUCAAUACCACUACAUCGAUGUGCGGAUUUACGCAGGAAGAAAAUCUAAUCCGGCUUCAGAAAUGCUUGAAGGGCAAGGCAUUUGAUGCAGUUAGAUGCAUGCUUAUGCAUCCAUCUAAUGUUACCAGCAUAAUCUCCACGUUACGGAUGUUGUUCGGCAAUCCAGAAGUUAUUAUCUAUAGUUUGAUCUCGAAAAUUCAAUCGACCCCUGCUCCACGAGCUGAUCGAUAA